AUGCUGCGAUCACUAGCACGAGCGAGCGUCCCCGCGCUCUCUCGAGCCGUGGCUCCCACAGUACAGGCAUCACGCGCCGCCACCGCCCGACCUGCCCUCCUCCAGCUCCGCGCGGCGUCCUCCCAUGCGACGCCGCACCUCCCACAACAACAACAAGGCGCGGACCUGCGCUCGGCCGUCGAGGCCGAGCUGUCGACGCUUCGGUCCAAGAUCGCAGGAAUGGGCGGGGGCGCGUCGCCCGACGCGGCGUGGUUCCGGCCUCUCUCGCGCGACGAGACGGCCUUCGUCAACAUGGGCCAGGUGCCCUCGAGCCCCGGGGCAGAGGUGCUCGCGCUGCUCGACCUCGACCUGCGGCCUGUACCUACUACCCUUGGCGACGGGGACAAGCGCAAGACCGUAACGGGCGGGGUACACGUCCCGCUCCUCGCGCACAUGGGGCACACGGAGCCCGCGGUGCCGUGCUACCCCCUGCGCGACCUGUUCGGCGCGCGUGCCCCCCGCGUCGUGGGGCACAUUCACGACGUGCUCGGCGCGCAGGUCGCGCGCAACAGUACCGGAAAGGGCGAGGCCGCGCGCGCCGAGCUCGAGACCGCCGCGCGCGACGCGAGUCUUGUAGCCGUCGUCGUGCCAGCCGACGGCGCGUUCCGCGACCUUGCUAUGGGGUCCGCGCUGGCGCUGUUCCGCCUCGCGCUACACGAGGGGAACGGGCAGGAGGAGGCCGUGUUGUAG